UCUCAUUUCUUAAAUCAAUAUUGUGGAAGUAAUAAUGGAAGCCGAUACUCAGCCAACAGCCCAGGAAAACGAAAGAAAACUGUGAAGCGUAUGCAAUAUGUUCUACGGAACCAAGACAACUAACUUUAUGUGCUCUAAAUGCUUCAAGGAUAGCCAAGGGUCUAGCCCAGGAGUGACAGAAAAAGACUCAAAAAUGGAAGCUCAAUCUGAAGAGAAAGCCGUUGAGGAAGAAAAGAAGGAAGAAAAGCCAAUCCAGACUAAGAAGAACAGAUGCUGGAAUUGCAACAAGAAGGUCGGCCUUCUUGGAUUUACUUGUAAAUGCGGAUACAUCUUUUGCUCCAAGCACAGACAUGCCGAUGAUCAUGAAUGCGACUAUGAUCAUAUGGCUGAUGAUAGGGAAGCAUUAAGAAAAAAUAACCCAAUGUUAGUGACAAGCAAGCUGGAGACUAGUUAAAAUCAGUGCUCUUAAGUUCGUUCAUUCUCCAAUAAUUUUUAAAUAGAAGGAUUAAACUAUUG